AUGGCUGCCGCUCGCGCCGCGCUGCUGCUGCUGGGGUGCGCCGCGGUGGCCCGGUGCGACGACGGCUGCUGGAGCUCCUUCCGCGAGGCGACGACCGACGAGUGCCCCGGCGAGUUCGACACGGUCUACGCCUGCGACUCCGACGGCCUGAGCGUGGGCGACCUCUGCGAGAGCGACGGCGAGUGCGGCCUGAGCACGUCGCUGGACAACUGCGAGGACGACGGCGUCGACGGCGACUUCUACGUCGUCGCCGGGGCGCCGUCCUACGCGCCCACGACCUACGCCCCGACCGCGGCGCCGACGGCGCUCGAGUGCCCGUACCUCUUCGCGCUACCCGAGGACGACGGCGACUGCCCGGACCCCGUGGUCCUGACGGCGUCCUACCCGCACUGCGGCCAGGCCGGGCUCGGCGUCGGCGACCUCUGCGAGGGCGACGGCGAGUGCGCGACGUCGAACAACCUCGACAACUGCGAAGACGCGAACGGCGACUUCGAGGCGGACAUCUACCGCGUCGUCGCCGCGGACCCGACGGCCGCGCCGACGGCCAUGGUCUGCCCCGACUACCUCGAGGAGGUGGACCUCGACGACUGCCCGGACCCCGUCGUCUUGACGGCGUCGUACCCGCACUGCGGGUCGCCGCACCUGACGAUCGGCGACAUGUGCGAGGGCGACAACGAGUGCGGCACGUCCAACGGCCUGGACAACUGCCCCGACGCCGCCGGCGACAUGGAGGCGGACAUCUACCUCAUCGUCGGCGGGAACCCGACGCGCGCGCCGACGACGCCGCUCCCGACCGACGUCCAGUGCCCGGACUACGUCGCGGCCCUCGCCUACGACUCCGACGACUGCCCGGAUCCCAUCGUGUUAACGGCGUCCUACCCGCACUGCGGCCAGGUCGGCCUGGACGUCGGCGAUCUCUGCGAGGGCGACGGCGAGUGCGGCACGACGAACGGCGUCGACAACUGCGAGGACGCGGCCGGCGACAUGAAGGCGGACAUCUACCGCAUCGUCGCGGACGCGCCGACGUCCGCGCCGACGGAGAUCCAGUGCCCCGACUACCUCGAGGAGGUGGACCUCGACGACUGCCCGGACCCCGUCGUCCUGACGGCGUCGUACCCGCACUGCGGGUCGCCGCACCUGACGAUCGGCGACAUGUGCGAGGGCGACAACGAGUGCGGCACGUCCAACGGCCUCGACAACUGCCCCGACGCCGCCGGCGACAUGGAGGCGGACAUCUACCUCAUCGUCGGCGGGAACCCGACGAAGGUCCCGACGUCCGCCGCGCCGUCCGCGCUCGCGUGCCUCUCGUACCGCGAGGCGACGAGCGACGAGUGCCCCGAGGACGCGGACAUCGAGAACUGCGGGUUCCCGGGCCUCGAGGUCGGCGACCUCUGCGAGACCGACGGCGAGUGCGGCCUGGACCACGAUCUGGACAACUGCGAGUACGGGGGCACGCAGCAGGCCGACAUCUACGUCGUCGUCGCGGCGCCGGACCCCACGGCGGCGCCGAGCACGCCCGCGCCGUCGCCCGUCGUCUGCGCCGAGGUGCGCGAGGCGACGAGCGACGAGUGCCCGGACGACGCGGACCUCGCGCCGUGCUCGACGAUCGGCCUCGAGGUCGGCGACCUCUGCGAGAGCGACGGCGAGUGCGGCCUCGACCACGACCUCGACAACUGCGAGUACGGCGGCGAGCAGAACGCGGACAUCUACGUCGUCGUCGGCGCGCCGAGCGCCGCGCCGAGCGCCGCGUGCGCGGCCGACGACGCCGCCUGGGCGAAGACGGACGCGCCCUGGAAGGACUGCGGCUGGGUGGGGAGCCUGCCGUCGGCGCGCUGCGCGGUCAAGGGGCCCGACGCCUCCGGCGCCACCGUCGAGGCCCAGAACGCAUGCUUCGCGACGUGCUGCGGCUACCCGUUCCCGACGUCCGCGCCGACGGCCGCGCCGGCCGCGGGCGACGGCGCGGGCGACGACGGCGCGGGCGACGACGGCGCGGGCGACGACGGCGCGGGCGACGACGGCGCUGCGGACGACGGCGCGGACGACGACGGCGCGGGCGCGGACGACGCUGCGGACGACGGCGCCGCGACCGCCGACGACGCCGCCGCGACCGCCGACGACGGCGCUGCGACGACCACCGACGACGGCGCCGCGACCGCGGACGACGCCGCGACCGCGACCGACGAUGCCGCCGCCGCCGCGGACGACGCCACGACGACCGCGGACGACGCGACCGCGGACGACGCCGCCGCCGCGACCGCGGACGACGCCGCCGCCGCGACCGCGGACGACGCCGCCGCCGCGACGGACGACGCCGCGGCCGCGGACGACGCCACGGCCGCGCCCUCGCCGACCCCCCCGACGGCGGCGCCGACGGCGUGCGCCGACAACGACGCGUGGCACAAGGUCGGCACGAUGUGGAAGAACUGCUCCUGGGUCGCCGAGUACCCGAACCUGCGCUGCGACACCGUGGGCGUCGACUCGUCCGCCGCGGGCAGCAGCGACGACGAGAACCACGUCGUCGCCGCGGACGGCGACGGCUGCCCCUACUCCUGCGGCUGCACGCAGCUGCCGACGGCGCAGCACACGGCGGCGCCGAGCCCCGCGACGCACGCCAACGCCACGGUCUACGCGUCGGCGUCCGUCGUCGUCGGCGGCGUGGACUCGGACUUCGUCGCGGACUGGGACGACGUCGUGUUCAGGGCAGCAAAAGAGAGCGAAAUUCCCAACUUCAAAGGCUCAUAUCUCGGCCGUUUUCCACUCGACACGACGGACGCGUUCGCGCACGGCCUCGCGGCGGCCCUGGACACCGUGGACGACGCCGACGACGUCGCGGACGUCGAGGCGUCGUCCUACGCGUCGACGUCCCGGCGCCGCCUGCGCUUCCUGCGCCGGAGGCUCGACGACGGCUCCGGCGCGCCGAGCCCGAUCCCGAGCCCGAUGCCGACGCCCCUCCCGACGUCCCUGGGCCUCUCGGCGUCCAUCGCGUUCGUGGCCGAAUUGCUCGGCAACGCGACCAUGACGGCGGCGGAGGGCGAGCGGCUCUACGCGGCGUUCCUCGAGGACCUCGAGGCCGCGGUGACGGGCGGCACGCUCGCGGCGGCGCUCCUCGCGGACUGCAACGGCACGGAGCUCUGCGACGCCACGCUCGACGAGGCCGCGUCCCUCGCGGCGUUGGCGUCGUCGACGGUCGCGUUCUCCUGGGUCGGCGAGCCCGAGGUCGACGACGGCGCGGCGGCGUCGUCGUCGUCGUCGAAGAAGAAGGCCGACGACGACGACGGCGCCGCGACGGCCGCGGGCGGCCUCAUGAUCAUCCUGCUCUGCGUCGGCGGCCUGCUCCUCAUCUGCGUCAUCCUGCUCCUCGUCUUCGUCUGCCGCCGCCGGAGCGAGAAGGACGACAAGUGGCAGGACGCGGAGGCCGCGUCGCUGUCCAAGGAGCCCGACGACCUCGACGAGAAGUUCUUCGAGACGGAGCCGGAGGUCGAGGGCCUCGUCGACGACUUCCUCGGCGAGAGGAAGGCCUAG